AUGAGCUGUAGUCCUGAAUUUGGUGCAACUUUUGGAGUAUACGUAAAUGAGAUUGGUUUUGUUCAUGAAUUGACAGGUUCGAUUCCAAAUGAGAUGUUCAACAUCUCAACUCUAAGGGUAUUUGACCUUUCUGACAAUCAUUUAUCUGGCAUUCUUCCAUCAAAUAUGUGCCAUGGCCUACACAAUUUAGAAGAUAUUUCUCUUGCUGCGAAUGACUUCAGUGGAGUCAUACCUGCCUCUAUCUCAAACUGUUCGAAAUUGGCUACAAUAUCUCUUGGUGAUAACAAAUUUAGUGGUCGAAUUCCCAAUUCCAUUGGAAAUUUGAGACACCUCGAAUUAAUGUAUCUAUCUGCUAACAAUUUGACGAGUGAAUCUUCAUCUCCAGAAUUGAGCUUCUUCACUUCCCUCACAGGUUGCAUCUCUUUAAGGAUUAUCUGGGUGGCAAGCAAUCCAUUAAAUGGGAUUCUUCCGAGAUCCAUCGGAAAUCUUUCUAUUUCUGUUGAAUGGCUGGAUCUAGCGAACUGUGGAAUUAAGGGAAACAUUCCAGAUAGCAUUGGAAAUUUAAGCAAUUUAAGAUAUUUAAAUCCACGUAGCAAUAGCUUGACUGGCUCAAUUCCAACUACGAUAUGGGGUUUGCAAAAGCUUAUAGGAUUGGGUCUUCACAAUAAUUCCCUCACUGGUUCGCUCUCCGGUGAUCUCUGUGGUUUGCAGAGUUUGAAGUAUUUAUACCUAAGUCAAAAUCAGAUUAGCGGUUCAAUUCCAGGAUGUUUCAAUAAUCUUACAUCUUUGAGGUAUCUUGACAUAGCUUUCAAUAGAUUAACCUCUACUCUGCCAAUGAGCUUGUGGGAUCAUAAAGAUCUCGUGGUUGUCAACUUGUCAUCAAAUUUCUUGAGAGGACCUUUGGCUCCAGAGAUGGGAGAAUUAAAGUUUUUGACAACGUUAGACUUGUCAAACAAUCAGUUUUCAGGUAAAAUUCCCAGUACGAUAUGGAGUCUAGAGAGUUUGGACUAUCUCUCUUUAGCAAACAACAGCUUGCAAGGAUCCAUUCCGGACAACCUUUGA